UGUGGGAGAAAGGUCAGGGUUUCCUUUCCCUUCCUUUCUUCUUGAUGGAUGGUUCUUUGAAAUAUGGACUCUCCAAGGCCAAUGGGACUUAUGCCAUUUCAGAAGUGUGCCACUCUGUGGGAAGGACAGUGGGUAGGGACCUGAGGGGAGCCCCAGAACAGCCGGAACAGCAAGAUGGAUGGGGGGGCCUCAAGAGCUAUAAGUGGCUGGGCCAGGGCCUUUUCAUGGGUCUCCGGCCAUGCUACUCCUUGGGCUGCUGCUGCUGCUGAUCUUGCUGGCAGGCGCCCGCCUGCUCUGGGGUCAGUGGAAGCUCAGGAGCCUCCACCUUCCACCUCUUGUCCCUGGCUUCCUGCACCUGCUGCAGCCCAACCUCCCCAUCUAUCUGCUUGGCUUGACUCAGAAACUUGGGCCUAUCUACAGGCUCCGCCUCGGGCUGCAAGCUGUGGUGGUGCUGAACUCCAAGAGGACCAUUGAAGAAGCCAUGAUCAGGAAGUGGGUGGACUUUGCUGGCAGACCCCAGUUACUAUCUUAUAAGCUGGUGUCUCAGCGCUACCAGGAUCUCUCACUAGGGGACUAUUCCCUGCUCUGGAAGGCCCACAAGAAACUCACCCGCUCGGCCCUGCUACUGGGCAUCCGCAACUCCAUGGAGCCCCUGGUGGAACAGCUGACCCAAGAGUUCUGCGAGCGCAUGAGAGCCCAGGCCGGUGCCCCCGUGGCCAUCCAGAAGGAAUUCUCUUUCCUCACCUGCAGCAUCAUCUGUUACCUCACUUUUGGAGACAAGGAAGACACCUUAGUACAUGCCAUUCAGGACUGUGUCCAGGACUUGAUGAGAACCUGGGAACACUGGUCCAUCCAAAUUCUGGACAUCAUUCCCUUUCUCAGGUUCUUCCCCAACCCAGGCCUCUGGAGACUGAAGCAGGCCAUGGAGAACAGAGAUCACAUCAUAGAGAAGCAGCUGAGGCAGCACAAGGAGAGCAUGGUGGCAGGCCGGUGGAGGGACAUGACAGACUACAUGCUCCAAGGACUGGGCAGGCCGACAGUGGAAGAGGCCCCUGGACAGCUCCUUGAAGGGCACGUGCAUAUGGCUAUGGUGGACCUUUUCAUCGGUGGAACGGAGACCACUGCGAGCACCCUCUCCUGGGCUGUGGCAUUCUUGCUUCACCACCCUGAGAUUCAGCAGCGACUGCAGGACGAGUUGGAUCGUGAGCUGGGCCCCAGAGCCUUGGGCUCCACAGUCCCAUUCAAAGACCGCGCACGGCUACCCUUGCUCAACGCCACUAUCGCCGAGGUGCUGCGCCUGCGGCCGGUCGUGCCCCUGGCCUUGCCGCACCGCACCACGCGGCCUACCAGCAUCGUCGGCUACGACAUCCCCAAGGGCACAAUCAUUAUCCCCAACCUCCAAGGCGCCCACCUGGAUGAGACGAUUUGGGAGCAGCCGCACGAGUUCCGGCCGGACCGCUUCCUGUACCCCGGCGCCAGCCCCAGCACGCUCGCCUUCGGCUGCGGGGCGCGCGUGUGCCUGGGCGAGCCGCUGGCGCGCCUCGAGCUCUUCGUGGUGCUGGCGCAGCUGCUCCGCGCCUUCACGCUGCUGCCGCCCGCCGGCGCCCUGCCCUCUUUGCAGCCCCAGCCCCACUGCGGCGUCAACCUCACCAUGCAGCCUUUCCAGGUGCAGCUGCAGCCCCGUGGAGCGGGGACCCCGGGCCUGGGCGAGCGCCAGUGACAGAGCAGGAUGCGCACCACUCACGUG